GGACCUCCAGGAGACAUUGGCCCAGCAGGGAUCCAGGGACCAAAAGGACCGCGAGGUUUGAUGGGUAUGGAGGGAGCUCUGGGCCCCGUUGGCAUCAUUGGCCCCAGCGGUCAUCCUGGACCCCAGGGUGACAAAGGAAGUCGGGGGGAGACGGGGUUGCAAGGACCAAGAGGAUUUCCUGGCCCUCGUGGACCACCUGGACCACCGGGUCUUCCCAGUUCUGCCCUUUUACUUAGAAAUGAAGCUCUUGGUGCUGCUUUUCAAGUCAUUAUCGAUUCCCAUGCUGUACUGAGGCAAGAGAACUACCAGAGCAUGGACCUGCCCAUGCUGGACCAGGGCACAGAGAUCUUUAAAACCCUGCAGCAUCUCAGCACUCUGAUCCAGAGUCUUAAGAACCCGUUGGGUACCCGCGACAAUCCUGCCCGGAUCUGCCGAGACCUUUACAACUGCGAGCAGAGGAUGUACGAUGGCACUUACUGGAUUGAUCCAAACCUCGGCUGCGCUGCCGACACCAUCGAGGUGACGUGCAACUUCACCGGCGGAGGACAGACCUGCCUGAAACCGGUUACAGUCUCCAAGCUGGAAAUAGGAGUGGGCCGCAUCCAGAUGAACUUCAUCCACCUCUUGAGCACGGAGGCUGUGCAGCACGUCGUCAUCCACUGCCUCAACACGUCCGUGUGGGCAGCAGGACCCUCCCUGCAACCUUCACCCAGAGCAGUGAGCUUCAAGGCCUGGAGCGGGGAGAAGAUUCAGGCAGGAGACCUCCUGGAGCCGCUCAUACCCAGAGACGACUGCUGGAUCAAAGAUGGACGCUGGCACCAGACGCACUUCAUCUUCCAGAGCCAGGACCCAAACUUACUCCCCGUCGUGGACGUGUACAACCUGCCGACUGCGGAGCCCGGCUCGCGCUAUCACCUGGAGGUCGGACCUGUGUGCUUCCUGUAACGGCCCUGUGGAAGGGCCUGAACACUCCCUCAAAGGGGGGACUGCGUGGAAGAUUUUUGGAUUUUUUUUGGGAGGAGAGACUGACGCUCCUGUGGUUUUUCUGGAACAACAAACCUCUCCCUCCCUACUUUCUUUUCACAAAAUAUGCUCGGACUGCAGAAACAGGAGGGGCGCCAGAUAAAGACGGACCAUUGGGAUUGCAGAGAUAAGACUUCUGGCAUUAAUCAGCCUAUGGAAAACAAUCAUCAUAAGCUCCUUUUUUUUUGUUUUUUGGUGUUUUUUUUUAGAGACUUGCUCGAGAGCUGGAUGCCCCUUUUGGAAGGAAGUAAUAUGAGCGACUCUUUCAUCUCUUGGACCAUGUUGUAUCAUAUUUUCUUCACGGUCUGAUGGCAAAGAAAAAAAAAAAGUUUUUUAAGAGAUCUGUACAGAAAUAUGGAACAGUUACAUCUGCAAAUUCAACAACACCUAUUUUAAAUUUUUUUUAAGUAUUAUUUAUACAUGUAUAUGUACUGUAUAUUGUAAUAUAAAGUGCAAUAGUCAUUGUUUCACAGUCUUUAGGGAUACACGGUUUCAACUUCAAAUCACUCAUUCAGGUAUACAGUGUGCCUCAGACACACACGUACUGUCUCCAGGCGAGUCUUUUUUUUUUUUUGAGCCUCUACGAACUGUCUAGUGCUGAGAGACGCCAUGUUUAUAUCUUCACACGAACAACUGCUGUGUGGUGCUUUUCAUUGUUAAGAUUUCGACAGUAUGAACUGAGAAAAGUGUCAAGAUGCUACCUCGUACUGCACCUCUCAUCUCACGGCGAACACACCUUCACCCGAUAAAAUCCAGAGGUGACACCCGGUGCUGCAACAGUUGACACUCGAACCAUAAACUCUCUCGUCUGUGCUUCAAAAGGGAAGACUGUAAAAUACGCAUGCAGGCCACGAUUUCUUAAAUUAUAUUUUCAAGGUAUUAUUUUAACACUUUCAAUAUUCUUUGUACGAGUCCGACACUAUAAGUUAAGUUUGUUUUUUUUUUUGUCAAAAAUGUAAAUGUAUAAUUAUGCAACCUUUUAUUAUCGGUGGAUUCUAUUUAAAGAUUAUUUAAAAUUCUGAUUAGUUCAAAAACCAGGCGUCCAAGUCGUGUUUUCAGUUCAUGUUUUUGGUGAUUUGGAGCUUUAAAGAUUACGGCGAAAAUAUGCAGCAAGGAUGGUUGGUCCCACCAAUCUGUAAACUCAGAGGAUUUCUUACACUACACAACACUAAACUACCACGGUACACAAGCUCACAGUGUUUGGUCUGUACAGGCAUUUUAUACAGCGUGAAUGAAGUCUUGAUGACUCAGCAGGUAAUUCAAUAAAAGUCUUGAAACCUC